CUCACACAACAGGUUCCUGAGCCUCAUACGCCCUCAGCAGGUGAGAAUGAUAAAGGAGCCCUACAGCUCAGCACAGCCUCACUGACAAUCAUCAUAACCGUCUCUCAUUGUCUCCAGGUGUUGUGUGCCGUGAUAUCAGGCAUUGUGCACUUCUUCUUUCUCUCCGGCUUUGUGUGGAUGUUCAUUGAAGCAGUGCUGCUCUUCAUCUGUGUGACAAACCUAUCACGGAUCAGCUCUAAAAAGAGGGAGGUGCUUAGCGGUGGAUUCCUGUGUGUGAUUGGAUAUGCGGUUGCUCUGGUUGUGGUGGGCGUGUCUGUCUGGCUGGUUCCUGAUGGCUACGGCAGCGAACACUGCUGGAUUAAACGGGAUAAAGGUUUUAUCUGGGGUUUUCUGGGUCCUGUUACUGUUAUACUUGCAUUAAACAUGAUUCUCUUCAUCAGCAUCAUCAUCAAUCUGAGCUCAACUCUCAAAAAUCUGAACGCUGAAAUUUCACAGAUGAAACAAACCAAGAUUAUGGUGUUUAAAACACUGGCUCAGUUUGUGGUUCUUGGUUGCUCCUGGAUUCUGGGUUUCUUCACUAACGGCAGUAAGGAGCUAGAGAUCCUCUUCCUGAUCUUGAACUCCCAGCAGGGAACCUUCAUCUUCCUGAUCUAUUGUGUCCUCAAUAAUGAGGUCAGGCAGCAGUACAGAAACUGCUUCAGAUGUCUUUGCUGUGGACUCCAACAACACUGAGGACUACAGCAUCAUGUUCAGGAAAAACCUGAUACAGCAAGAAGUUACCGAUGUGGUGUUGUGUAGACUGUUCCUGAAAAACAACUUUUCAGGUCUGAUGUUCUUGGGAAACAGCUUGUGAUUAAGAUAAUUUUUGAAUGAAAAGAUAUUAUAAUAUUUCAAAAUAUUUCAAUAAUUACAUUACAAUCUAAUGACUUGUUUUUUUAUAUUUUAAGGAUUUGUUGUUGUUUUUUCACUCCAAAAAUACAAUUUACAACUUAUUAAAUAAUAUUCAUGAAAUACAAAGUUUAGAAUGGCUAUUGUUGUUCAAUAAAUAAUAUUUUAUAAUAUUGA